AGGGGCUCCAGUCUUGCCAGGAGACAAUCAGGCACCAUUGAUUCUAACCUGGAAGGCUUAUCGUGACCUCGAAAGGGGCGCUCCUGCUCGAACCUUUUGAGCCCCCAGAUGUUGGAGACCACCAACCUGCCGCUGUUGGUUUGCAGUCGAAGUCUCAUACUGCCGCAUCGCCCUAUCUUUCGCAAGCGGUCAACCGCGGCAUAUACGACAACGGUUUGAAUACCACUAAUCACGUAAUUGCGGGCGCUUCCUGGGUUGACCAUAUACGCGCAUGACGGACCCGCGAUGGGCAUCACUCGACGUGCGAAGGACAAGGCGGCGCGGGCCGACCGCUCUGCCGGCGGAGCCGGGCAAGGCGGCUCCAGCAAGCCCAAGAAGGCCACCUUCGACACGACAAAGAAGAAAGAGAUCGGUGUCUCCGACCUGACGUUGCUGAGGACCGUUUCCAAUGAGGCCAUUAAUGAGAACCUGAAGAAACGGUUCGAGGGCGCUGAGAUCUACACGUACAUCGGCCAUGUCUUGGUUUCCGUCAACCCCUUUCGCGAUCUCGGCAUCUACACCGAUCAGGUGCUCAACAGCUACCGGGGGAAAAACCGGCUGGAGAUGCCGCCGCACGUUUUCGCCAUUGCCGAGUCUGCGUACUACAACAUGAAGGCGUACCGGGAUAACCAGUGCGUUAUCAUCUCGGGCGAGUCCGGUGCCGGCAAGACCGAGGCAGCCAAGCGCAUCAUGCAGUACAUUGCCAACGUCUCGGGAGGUGAGACGGGAGAAAUCCAGCAGAUCAAGGACAUGGUCCUGGCGACCAACCCUCUGCUCGAAUCCUUUGGCAAUGCGAAGACGCUGCGGAACAACAAUUCGUCGCGUUUCGGCAAGUAUCUGCAGAUUCACUUCAAUGCCCAGGGCGAGCCUGUUGGCGCCGACAUCACAAACUAUCUGCUGGAGAAGACGCGCGUGGUUGGGCAGAUUGCCAACGAGCGUAACUUUCAUAUCUUUUACCAGUUUACCAAAGGAGCGUCACAGCAGUACCGGGAGACCUUCGGAGUGCAGAAGCCCGAGACGUACUUAUAUACCAGCAAAUCUAAGUGUUUCAAUGUCGACGGGAUUGACGAUCUGGCCGAGUUCCAGGACACGCUGAACGCCAUGAAGGUGAUUGGCCUCUCACAAGCAGAGCAGGACAACAUCUUCCGAAUGCUUGCGGCCAUCCUCUGGACGGGCAACCUCGUGUUUCGGGAGGACGACAGCGGGUACGCGGCCGUGUCAGACCAAUCAGUCGUCGACUUCUUGGCGUAUCUCCUCGAAGUCGACCCGGCCCAGCUUAUCCAUGCCAUCACGAUUCGUAUUCUGACACCGAGGAACGGGGAGGUGAUCGAGUCUCCGGCCAACGUUGCGCAAGCGACGGCAACUCGAGACGCCUUGGCAAAGGCCAUCUACAACAACCUGUUCGACUGGAUCGUGGAGCGGAUAAACCAGUCUUUGAGGGCGCGGCAGGCGACUGCGAACUCGAUCGGCAUUCUUGAUAUUUACGGAUUCGAGAUCUUCGAGAAGAACAGCUUUGAGCAGCUGUGCAUCAACUAUGUCAACGAGAAGCUUCAGCAGAUCUUCAUCCAGUUGACUCUGAAAGCGGAGCAGGAAGAGUACGCGCGGGAACAGAUCAAGUGGACCCCUAUCUCCUACUUUGACAACAAGAUCGUGUGCGACCUGAUCGAGUCGAUUCGGCCGCCGGGAAUCUUCUCAGCGAUGAAGGAUGCCACCAAGACUGCGCAUGCUGACCCUUCCGCCUGCGACCGGACCUUCAUGCAGAGCAUCAACGGCAUGUCGAACCCUCACCUGACCCCGCGGCAAGGGAGCUUCAUCAUCAAGCACUAUGCCGGCGACGUCUCGUAUACAGUCGACGGCAUCACGGACAAGAACAAGGAUCUGCUCCUGAAGGGGCUCCUUAACCUCUUCCAGGCCAGCCAGAACAAGUUCAUCCACACCCUCUUCCCCAACCAGGUGGAUCAGGAUAACCGGAAGCAACCUCCGUCGGCAGGCGACAGGAUAAGAGCCUCGGCGAACGCACUGGUUGAUACACUGAUGAAAUGCCAGCCUUCCUACAUCCGGACCAUCAAGCCCAACGAGAACAAAUCGCCGACCGAGUACAAUGUCCCAAACGUGCUUCAUCAGAUCAAGUACCUGGGUCUUCAAGAGAACGUGCGUAUCCGGCGCGCUGGUUUCGCCUACCGCCAAUCCUUCGAGAAGUUUGUCGAUCGGUUCUUCUUGCUCUCGCCCGCUACUUCGUACGCCGGCGAGUACACGUGGCAAGGAUCCUAUGAAGCGGCUGUCAAGCAGAUCCUCAAGGACACCAGCAUUCCCCAGGAAGAAUGGCAGCUCGGCGUCACCAAGGCGUUCAUCAAGUCGCCCGAGACACUAUUCGCCCUCGAGCACAUGCGGGACCGGUACUGGCAUAACAUGGCCACGCGGAUCCAACGGAUGUGGCGAGCGUACCUGGCAUACAGGGCAGAAGCCGCCACGCGGAUCCAGCGUUUCUGGAGGAAGAAGCGCGUCGGUGCCGAAUACCUACAGCUUCGCGACGAAGGGCAUAGGGUCCUACAGGGCCGGAAGGAGCGCAGGAGGAUGAGCAUUCUUGGCUCUCGACGGUUCCUUGGCGAUUACCUCGGCCUCAACGCAAGCACUGGCCCCGGGGCGCAGGUACGGAAUGCCAUCCAACUUGGAAGCAACGAAAAAGCCGUCUUCUCCUGCCGCGGCGAGGUCCUGGAGGCGAAGUUUGGCCGGUCAAGCAAGCCUAGUCCUAGAAUUCUGGUCGUCACCAACAGCAAGUUUUACAUUGUGGCGCAGGUGAUGGGUCAGAAUCACCAGGUUCAGAUCAUGAUUGAGCGCUCAAUUCCCCUAGGGGCCAUCAAGUUCAUCGGCACAUCCACCUGCCGAGAUGAUUGGUUCUCUCUGGGCGUGGGGUCACAGCAAGAGGCAGAUCCUCUGCUCAACUGCGUGUUGAAGACGGAGAUGUUCACUCAGAUGAAGAGAGUGAUGCCUGGCGGGUUCGACUUGAGAAUUGGCGACACCAUCGAGUACGCGAAGAAGCCAGGCAAGAUGCAAGCAGUGAAGGUGCUGAAGGACUCGCCCACUCCGCACGAUUUCUACAAGAGCGGCGCUGUGCAUACGCAGCCAGGGGAGCCGCCGAAUUCUGUCUCCCGACCCACGCCCAAGGGUAAACCAGUUCCUCCAAGACCGAUCACCCGGGGUAAGCUCAUCAAGCCUGGUGGACCGGGCGGCAGGCCAUCUCGGGUUCCUGUCAACCGCACGUCGCAGCCUCGGCCAUCAGCAACUAGCACCGCGGCUUCCUCGAGGCCGGUGCCACAACCCCAACCGGCGGCGGCAACAUCCGCCAGCAUCCCGUCGCACACCCGACAGAAAUCUAACUCAUCUGCCGUUCGCGCACCUCCGCCCCCGCCCCCUGCACCGCCCGCUGCGAAGCCGAAAAUCAUGGCUAAGGUGCUGUACGACUUCGCUGGCCAAAGAGACAAUGAGCUGUCGGUCAAAGCGGGCCAGCUGAUUGAAAUUGUCCAGAAGGAGAACAACGGCUGGUGGCUCGCAAAGAACGGCGCAAGUCAGGCCUGGGUUCCGGCGGCGUACGUGGAGGAACAAGAAGCGGCUCCACCGCCGGUUGCGGCACCGCGGCCACCGCCGCCUCCGCCGGCGGCGAACGGUUCAGCUGCUAGGGCGAAGCCGGCAGCGCCACAGCCUCCGGCCAAGCGCCCAGCAGCGGGCAAGAAGCCGGCAGCACUGCAGGCUCGCGAUUCGGGCAUGAGCUUGAACGGGUCGGACAGUAGCAGGAGUAGCACUCCAACACCGAGUUUAGCCGGGAGUUUGGCCGAUGCGCUGUUGGCGAGGAAGAACGCCAUGGCGAAGAAGGAUGACGAUGAUGACUGGUAGCUAGUGUCUCACACAAUUCGAGUGGUAUGUACCUAGAUGGUGUUUUGUGAGACUUGAUGUAUGCGAGGAUCUGGCUCGGUGUAC